UGCCUGGUGGUCGUGCGCCUAAAAUGCGCUUCUUCACGUGCUACUAGCACGCUGCAUCUCCAUUUGAGUAGAAAGUCCACACCGGGGAUCCGACGGGGCCUCGACACGUCCAAAAUGUCGGAAAUCAAUACCCAGCCGGUAGCGUUCCGAGCCUUAGGACGGAAGUUGGGAUUCCGAGAUGUGAUAUGUGAUGCUAUCAAUGAUGCAGAUGAGGCAUCACUGCCAGUUACGACUUUUCUGCAGGUCUUGUGGAGACAGAAUAUGGUACUAUGUCCGGCACGGUCGGUCACUCGCCGUCUGUGAAAAUUCUCUGAAAAUUCUGGACGUUACAUUGUCUCCCUCGACUUGCUUAUGACGUCAAUGAGCCUUGGGCGGAUUACCAGCGCUACCCCGAUGAAGACCAGUCACCAGUGGAGAGGUUGAUCUACCCACGGCAUCUGAUUUCGACGGACCUUACAACAUGGGUCUGUGAUUCUUCGAUGGGGCUUCUCAACUUCGGCGGGUAAAGUGAAGUCAUGGCACUCCCACCAGGUCUCGCGUACCUCUCUCGCACUCUUCCCGUGCUGCUGCUGCCCUCUGCUACCGUCUUCGUCCUCUUGCAGAGGUUCUACACGCUUCAAUGGUGGAUCCCAUACGUCGCCGCGGUGGUCGCCCAACCUGCUAUGCUGACUCUGAAUAUCCUCCUUUCUCUCGCCUGGGAGCGCUGGGAUGCUCGUCAGCUCGGAUCUCAACGGAUUCCGACAGUGCCAGAUGUGCCAGGGGGUUUCCGCAGCCUGAAGACACUCGGCGAGUUUGCCCACUUUGGAUAUCCGGCUGAGGCCAUUCGUCGGUGGAUGGAACAGCUCGACAGCCACACCAUCCUCUGCCGCCUGUUAUUUGAGAACCGGAUUUUCACGACCGAGCCGAACUACGUCAAGGCUAUCUUGGCCACAGACUUCAACAAUUACUGGAAGGGUCCGGUCGAGGGCCAUCGGGGUGCAGCCUUGCUCGGGUCCGGUGUCUUCAACACAGAUGAUGAAAUGUGGAAAUUUCACCGUGGGAUGACGCGGCCCUUCUUUUCUCGAGACCGGAUCAGUGAUUUCGACACAUUCGACAAACAUGCAAAGGAAGCCCUCGACCAGACUGUAGCGCGCCUCAGCGAAGGUUUCCCCGUGGAUUUCCAGGACGUGGUAUCUCGCUUCACCCUGGACUCGGCGACAAAGUUCCUUUUCGGGCAUUCUGUGGACUCUCUCUCGGCUGGCUUGCCAUACCCGAACUAUGCCUCUGAAAGGACAAGCGCCACGUUCCUGAACCAUCCAUCGAACAAAUUUGUCGAUGCCUUCAUGGACGGGCAACAGUUCCACGUCGAUCGGUCGCGCUUUGGAAGUAAAUGGGAACUCAACGAAUUCUGGGAGGACAAAGUUAUGGCUCAACGAAAGGUGCAAUCAUGGAUCGCUUCAUUGAUCCCCUCAUUGAUGGCGCUCUGGCACAAGUCGCCAGUCGCAGCAAGCAAGAAGGAGAUGUGGACAGCGAAAACCCCGAAAGUCUAUUGGAAUUCUUGGUCCAAAGCACUGAAGGCUCAUAAACAAGUCAUCCGAGAUGAGAUAUUGAACAUGUUGGUUGCUGGCCGCGACACUACUGCGGCGACAUUGACAUCGUCGCUUUACAUGCUCGCUGAGCAUCCUCGGAUCUCAGAUCGCCUCCGCAGCGAGAUCUUGAACACCGUCGGGAACAAUCGUCCGACUCACGAGGACAUCAAGAAAAUGCCUUAUUUGAGAGCAUUUCUCAACGAAACUCUGCGAAUGUACCCCCCGGUUCCAGUUGAUGGAAGAACGUCGAAGAAGGCCACGACCUGGCCUGUCGCUUCUCCGGGCCUGCCUCUCUAUGUUCCUGCAAACACAAAGAUCAUCUACUCUGUUUUCCUCAUGCACCGCAGGACCGAUCUGUGGGGGCCCACUGCCCUCGAAUUCGAUCCGGACCGCUUCAUCGACGACCGAUUGCACAAGUACCUAACUCCGAAUCCGUACAUCUUCCUUCCAUUCAACGCUGGACCGCGAAUUUGCCUCGGCCAGCAAUUUGCUUAUCAAGAGGCCUCAUUCUUCCUCAUCCGCCUGCUGCAGAGAUUCUCAACGUUCCAUUUGGCAUCGGACGCCCAACCCGAGGGAACCUUGCCACCGAAAAGUUGGGAAACGUGCCCGUACAAGAAGCACGAGAAAGUCACGUUCGGAGGCAACUUGACGAUGUAUUUCAAGGGCGGGCUGUGGGCGACGAUGGUUGAUGCGUCGUGAUUUGAGGACGGUGACCCCAGAAUUGGAGAGAAAUAGUUAAUGCAGUUCCCGAACGGUAGAGUUCGAAUUUACUGGAUGUAUAAUCGCCAAUCGACCGAUUUGUGAGAUAGAAAAGUCAACCAGAAGUAUAACCAUCAUACCAUAUCCCCAUCUGGUAUCCAUCAGCACCGCUCUCCACGUCGACAAUACUUUCGGUCAUCUCUUCUUCCCGUUCCUCUUUACCCUUUCAUUUGCACAGUCCCUUUCCCUGACGGUCAUGUCUGGCAACUUUCGUGCAAGACGGCCGGCCUCCCCACCAUCGGGUGGCUCCCAUUCCACAUCACAACGGUUCCCACACGCGCGGCAGGACCACUUGGACGCAGAUUCACGACGCGAGGCAGCGUCCCGGGGAGCUGCGCCUGGACGGUCGUCAAAGAUCUACCCGCUCGGAGGGAUGAACAUCAGCUCUGGGGAGUGGAAGCUGCUGAUCGCGUUGGUCAUAGUCGCGCUCGUUGUCCGCCUGUUUCGUAUUUCCCAGCCCACGAGUGUUGUGUUCGACGAGGUGCACUUUGGCAAGUUCGCCAGUCGGUACAUCAAAACGCAGUACUUCGUGGACGUGCACCCUCCGCUCGCGAAACUGUUGAUUACCUUCGCGGCCUUCAUUUUUGGGUACGACGGGCAAUUCGAUUUCAAGGACAUUGGAAAACCGUACGACGAUGUCCCCUACGUGGCCAUGCGACUUGUACCCGGUCUACUGGGUGUGGCGACUAUCCCCCUCUCAUAUCUUACUCUCCGCGGCCUUGACUGCCGUGCGACGACUGCACUCCUUGCCUCUCUUUUUGUUACAUUUGAAAACGGUCUGGUCACACAGUCCCGUUACAUCCUCCUCGACUCCCCCCUCAUCUUCUUCACCGCCCUCACGACAUUCUUCUGGGUCGGAUUCUGCAACGAGGACAAGCACGAGCCGUUCACAGAAUCGUGGUGGGGCUGGCUGCUCAUGUCCGGCCUUUCGCUCGGCGCGGUGGUCAGCUCCAAAUGGGUUGGCCUCUUCACGAUAGCGACAAUCGGCUUGAGCACCAUCCAGCAACUCUGGAUCCUUCUCGGAGAUCUUCGCGUCUCGCCUCGUCUGUGGAUGCGGCACUUUGUCGCGCGCGCAGUCUGUCUCAUCAUGGUCCCGAUCUUCUUCUACAUGGCGAUGUUCCAAAUCCACUUUAUGAUCCUAGGAAGCUCUGGCGAAGGAGACGGAUUCAUGAGCUCUGAAUUCCAGCAUACACUGGGUGGCCGGGGCAUGUCAGACACAUUCGCGGACGUUGCCAUUGGGUCCCAGAUCACUCUCCGUCACGUCAACACCCAAGGCGGCUAUCUCCACUCGCAUCUCCAUAACUAUCCUGUGGGCAGCAAACAACAACAAAUCACUCUGUACCCCCAUCGUGACACCAACAACGACUGGCGCAUCGAGAAUGGCACAUGGGAGAUCGGCAAGCCCGGAGAGCUGGUUUAUAUUCGUGAUAAAAUGCGCAUCAAGCUGAAGCACAUCGUCACCGAAAAACGGCUGCAUUCGCACGACGUUCGUCCUCCCGUGUCCGAGGUCGACUUCCAGAACGAGGUCUCGGCCUACGGAAUGGCGAACUUUGACGGAGAUGCCAACGACGACUGGUGGGUCGAGAUUGUCAAGGGCGACAAACGCGACAAAGAAUCGUCUCAGCGCUUGAGGACGCUUCGCACCAAGUUCCGCCUGCGCCAUGCCCUGACCGGCUGUUACCUAUUCUCGCACAAGAUCAAGUUGCCCGAAUGGGGCUUUGAACAGCAGGAAGUCACUUGCAACAAGAAUGCGGUCAUGGCAAACUCACUCUGGUACAUCGAGACCUCAUCGCAUCCUGAACUGCCUGCCGAUGCCCCGAAAGUCAACUACAAGCUUCCUGGAUUCUUUGCUAAAUUCUGGGAGCUCCAGCAGGUCAUGUGGACGACAAAUGCCGGAUUGACAGACAGACAUUCGUUUGACUCGCGUCCGGAAUCUUGGCCUCGUCUUCGCCGGGGAAUCAACUUCUGGGUGAAAGACCACCGUCAGAUCUAUCUCAUGGGCAACGCUCUUGUUUGGUGGCUAAGCUCGCUCGCUGUGUUUAGCUAUAUCGCCGUCCGCGGCUUCCUGGUUCUUCGUCAGAAGCGGGGUUACCGCGACUUUGACAACUCGCGGGUGGUCAAGUACGACGGGAUCUGCGGAUUCCUGUUCUUGGGGUGGUUCAUGCACUAUUUCCCGUUCUUCAUCAUGGGUCGACAGCUCUUCCUGCACCACUACUUCCCCGCACUUUACUUCGCCAUCCUGUUGUUCGCUGGUGUCUUCGAUCUGGUGACGUCAUCGCUUCGCCCUCGGGUGCGACUUCAGAUCGCCGGUGUUCUGGUGCUUAUCGCCAUCUGGAACUUUGCCAAAUUCAGCCCGAUUGUGUAUGGCACGGAUUGGACGAAAGGCAAAUGUCUUAGUGCCAAGUGGCUCAAGACAUGGGACUUUUCCUGUGACGAAUUCCCAAACACGUACGAAGAAUAUGGGGGAGCUACUCCCGCACCUCAAGUGCAGCCAGGGCACACUUCUGCCUUUGUUGUCAAGCCGGAGCCGGGUCGAGAUGUCUUUGCGGGCCAACAGCAGGAAGCUCAGAGCAAGGCUGCCCCGCCACCUGUGGUUCAAGUCGAGGAAAGUAUCAUCAGCUCAGUCAUGGAGUCCAUAGCGAGUGCAGAGUCGUCGGCAGAUUCAGCUGCCGAGUCUUCGGCAGAGUCUUCGGCUGGGUCUGCAUCCCAGUCAUCUACUGAGGCUAAAGCUAACGCCAAAGCUGCUGGGCCGCUCGGAGAAGCGGAGGUUGAGGCUGAGAGGGUGGCACACGAGCUGUACCCGGACGCCCUGGAUUGAAAAGUAGCCAUAUAUGUACCAUAGCUGUGGCUUAAUUUAUAUCGCCCCUUCCAAGUCAGUGACAAGCGAUCUGAGCCUACAUCUAAUCGAUUAUCUUAUCCGGGUGAUAGCUAUUGUUUUGGCGAUUGCCGAUGAUUUCCAUCGAUCAAGGUUCGGACCGGGCAGUGUGGGUUAGCCUCGAGGCCGCAGUUACCCAAGAUGGACGACCGAAGAUGGGCGCCUCGUUGUUGUGCGGUUGACACCGUCUCCUCUUAACACGUUGGAACGGCCAGGACUCUUUUUCUCUCCGUUAAAGACCAUCCUCGAUCCAUCCUCCCCCCAUUCCAUGGCCAGCCACUCCCAACAACUUCAACGCACCCGGAAGCCGCAAGCGCACCCGUCCACACCAGGGCACAUGCAGACCAGGGAGAUGUCGCCAUCGCCUACUUUGAGGCCACGCAACAUGAAAGCGGCAUCCAUGCCCAUCGUGCCCAGCGUCAUGCACAUGUUCCAGCAGGGCAACGGGAGCCCGACGUCCGCGAACCGAUCGCCCCCGAACUCGCGACUGCUGCCCUCGCCGCCGCACCAGCGCCAUUCCCCUGCGCAAGACGUCGCGGCCGAGCGCGACGUUGCGGUGACGCCACCGCACCAUCCGCGGCCGAUAAACCGUGGGCCGCCGCCCGAGUUCUUGACGAAGCUGGAUGAGAACUGGAAGAUGACGGACGAGUUGAUGGCGGAGAUCGAGCGGGCAGAUCUUCAGCAGUCACAGCAGGGUGCUGCCGCCGCUGCCGCUGCUGCUGCUGCCGUCAGCAUGGUUCCUACCAAGCUGGAUCCGGCUGUAGAGCGGAUACGGGCUGCCGACCGGGUCAGUCCGAAAACGUUGGAUUCCCAACAACAGCAGCAGCAGCAGCAAGGGCAGCAGCAGACCCAACAGCAGCAAAUGCAGCAGCAACAGCGGCAACGCCAGCAGCCACUUCGGGAGAGUCCCAAGGCGCGCCAGUCUGUCUCACCGCCGACAUCUGCCUUUGUAGGGCAGAACUCUCCGGUCGAAUACGGGUCGUAUUCCGUAGAGCAGCCUCGCAGGAUGUCGAAUGCUGCUGCUGCUGUGUUGUUGGCGGUGGGAACACAUGGGCAGACGCCUCCUCUGCAGGCCAUGACAGCCAACUCACGUUCCCUGCCUGUGCAGGAAGAGCAGGAGGACGAGCUUCCCGCUGCUGCCGCUUCGAACCACAUCCAGUACGCGGAGACUAGCGAGCACUCGAGCUCGCCUACCCCGUCAUCCGAUGCAAACCCUUACGAUCCGAACAUGUACACUCACGGUGGGCGGAACAGCCGGGCAGAGCAUCGGGCGGAAGACGUGACUGACGAAGACGAGGACACGAUGGUCAACCAGGAUGACUCUCAAGGUGGAUUCACCCCGCGAUCGCCGCAGUCCUCGCUGCCGCUGGACGAUGCGUUUGAGCCGGACCGGUAUAUGCGAUAUUCGAGCCAUGCUGCGAAUGUUCGCGGGAGGACGCGGAAUGGAUCGACUGAUCAACUGGGUUUGCAUUCGCUCGAUCCCGCGAUGUUCGUUGCGCUGCCACCAGAUCCUGAGCGGGCGCCGCCGCCUCGCUAUGUCGAGCCCCGGCGGCAGCAGCUGCAGCAGCAACAGCAACAGCAACAGCAGUACUACGCACACGAGUUUGAGGAUCAUUACAUGGAUCACCCACAGCUCCAAGCCUACUUCAGGUCUCCGCGUCCUGAGGCGCCCAUCCCGCCCACGACGGCGGCGCCGUCUCCGUCUCCGCUGAACCCGAACUACCGUGCAGCGGCUUACAGCCCAGUUGUUCCCGUCGGGUCCCCUUACCCGUAUCCGUUCAACCAUGUGCGCCGGACCCACUCCUAUCCAUAUCAAGCACCGCGGCGACAGCCAAGCACCAACUACGAACCUGUCCAGCAGCAUCAGCAUCAGCAGCAACAACAACACGACCAGUCUGGAAUCAACAACGACCCGAGCGCGAUCCAGGAGCAGCUCGUGCGGCAGUGGCAAGUUUAUGCGCAGAACGCCGGCGGGGACCAGAUCUCCGAGUCGACGUUCUCGCCCGCGUCGACGCCGUUCCAAGGCGGCGCCUACAACCCGUGGGCGUUCCUGCACACGAAUCGGACGCUUCGCGUCGGGGGGCGCUCGGACCUGCGGAGCAUGCAGUCCAGCCCGAGCCACGAGCCGAUUGCGCUGCCGAUUCCGCCGACGGUAGGUGUCAAGAAGAUGCCCGUUGUGCACCAGCCGCCUCUGCGACGGCUGUCUUCAGCGAGGAAACCUCCGCCGCGCGUCGAAAGCACGCAGCCCCGCUCGACGCCGGAACCGGAAGAGUCGUCUGGGGAGGAGACUGCCGGGGAGAUGGAGGAGCAGAAGGUCGUCGAGGUUUCUGCAACUGUUACCGAGGGAAGCAUCAACGAUGACGGAGACUGGGUCGACGAGGAUGAGGACGGUGAUGAGGAGGACCUGCUGGAUCUCGAAUACCAUCCGACGUUUGUGGGCAAUGUGGAAAAGCGUCGCAGGCGAUGGGAGACUCGCUGGGAUGCCCUCGUGCAAGCUUUCAACGCGCUGGACCGCCAAACAGACGCAACGCUCGUCCUACUCGCGGCCCCGUCGCACUCGACGAAACUGCACUCGCUCACCUCGCGCUCGAUCAGGCGCUCCCCGCUCCUGGCACAGUCGCUGGGAUCUGUGCGCAGCGGAUUCCGGCAGGUAGCGCACCAGCGGCGUGCUGCCCGCGCCAGCCCGACCUCGCUCGCGGACCGGUUCAUGGGCACGGACGGGUCGUCGGACUCGUCGAUCCGGGAGGAGGAUCUGCGGCGGGCGCUGGGCACUGCGUUGGGCAGUCUCGGGGCACUGAAGGGCAUCUACGAGCAGCGGGAGGCGCGGUGGAUUGACGAGAUGCGCCGGAUCAGCGAGGACCGUGAGCGCGUCGAGGUGCUGCUGAGACAGGUGCUUGGGGAAGAGAUGCUUGCGAUGUGAUGCCUUGCCCGUGCGGUUGGUGUGUGUCAUUGGGGCUGAGCUCGAUUUCAUAAUGGACGGAGAGCCUCUUCUCCAAGUGACGGUCCCGAUGUAAUUGUACGGGUACAUGAUAGAUUGUGCUCACUCUGUACAACCACUUGCUGCCUCCCGAUCUCCAUCACGAAGCAGCUCGAGGGAUCUUACGCAUCACCAGUCGUCUCUGCUGCAAAGUCCUGAAUCCCAGAGUGACGGACUGACAAAAGUUUGAGUUAAAAGC